AAUUUUUCUCAAAAAAUGAAAAUAAUUUACAAACUGGGCCCUUAAAAGAGUUCAACAGAAGCAUAAUUACCUCAGGCAACAAACUUUGACUUUAACUUAACCACCCGACCAGACCAAUUAACAGAAACAAACUGACCUACCCAAAGACACAACAGGGGACAUAUAUAUAUAAUGGCUGAUCAGACCACUUGAGAAACAUGGGGGGAAACUAACAUGAUGACACAGACAUUUAACAAAGACUACACAGACAAGACUAAACACAAACUCGGUCUCUUAGUGGAAAAGUAAAAAAAAAACAAUGGUACAAAAUUACAACAAAAUGAAUACUAACCAACAGAAGUGAAACAAAUAAACAUUAAACAAGUCUAUGGUUUCUCCCAUUGGAGGCUUCUGUGGAUGGCGCCUGCCCAAUUGCCUGACUGGAGCAUUUAAAGGCUGUGAUGACUUGAUUUCCCCUUUUGCCAGGCCUCACAGCACAGUUCCAGGAGCAGAACCUCGGCCACACCCGUGGCGAACAGUAGCACCCUCAGAACUGGCAACUCAAAAACAGCUUCCAGCCAUUCCAGAUUCCUGUUUGCAUCUGAGCUUCUUCGUCACCAUGGUUCAGAGGGUUGCAGUGAUUGGCGCAGGCCCCUCUGGUCUGACCAGCAUUAAAUGCUGCUUGGAUGAAAUGCUGGAGCCCACAUGCUUUGAAAGCAGCAAUGACAUAGGAGGCCUGUGGAGAUUCAAGGAAACGCCAGAGCCUGGAAAAGCCAACAUCUACCAGUCGGUGGUCAUCAACAGCUCCAAGGAGAUGAUGUCUUACAGUGACUUCCCUCCUCCAGCUGAGCUCCCCAACAACAUGCACCACUCUGAAGUCAUGCUUUACCUGCGUCUCUAUGCCCAGGAAUUUCAGCUGAUGCAGCAUAUUCGAUUUCAGACAACAGUGGUGAGUGUGAGGCAGAGAGCAGAUUUUGCUGUCACAGGACAGUGGGAUGUGGAUACAGAGAGCGCAGCUGGUCAAAGGGAGACGCACAUUUUCGAUGCAGUUUUGGUCUGUUCUGGUCAUUACACUCAGCCUCACCUGCCACUCAGCGAUUUUGCAGGUAUUGAGAGCUUCAAAGGUCGGUACUUUCAUAGCUGGGAAUACCGUAAUUCUAAAGGCUUGGAGGGAAAAAGGGUGCUGGUGAUUGGAACGGGGAACUCUGGAAGUGAUAUUGCUGUGGAUAUCAGUAGGGUUGCAGAGCGGGUGUACCUCAGCACCAGGCGGGGAGCUUGGGUCAUCGGUCGUGUCGGACCGGGGGGUCUCCCAGGAGAUAUCGUUUGGUCUUCUCGGAUGCAGUCAAUGAUGAGAAACCUAUUUCCCAAUUGGAGCACCAGGGCAGUGGAGAACAAGUUAAAUGAAGCAUUUGACCACAAACUAUAUGGUCUUAAACCAAAGCAUAGUUUCUGGGCUCAGAUUCCUAUUGUGAACGAUGACCUGGCAGGUCGGAUUAUCGCGGGUCGAGUUCAGGUGAAACCAAACGUAAAGGAGUUCUUGGGGACCAGUGUGGUCUUUGCGGAUGGAAGCAUCAUCAAUGAGGUGGACACCGUGAUAUUCGCCACUGGUUACAACUACAGUUUCCCUUUCCUGCCUCCCAAAAUUCAGACUAACUGUGGUUAUAGGCUGCGUCUCUACAAACAUAUAUUCCCUCCUUCUCUCACCCGGCCCACACUGGCAGUAGUGGGCUUCAUUCACGGCUUCGGAGCAGUCAACCCUUUGGCUGAGAUGCAGGCACGUUGGGCUACAAGAGUUUUUAAAGAGUUAGUGGAACUUCCUUCAGAAGAGAUCAUGUUGAAGGAAAUUGAAAAAGACUCGGAGAUCAUGCAUCAGAGUUAUGUGUGCUCAGAGCGCAACCCUUUGCAGGUGGACUACCUUCCUUACAUGGACUCUCUGGCUGAGAAAGUGGGGGUCAAACCAAACGUGCUGAAGCUUUUGUUGAGGGAUCCCAAACUGGCACUGGAGGUCUUUCUGGGACCGUGCACUCCAUACCAAUACCGUCUCAGCGGGCCAGGCCAGUGGACUGGAGCCCGUCAGGCCAUUCUGACUCAGUGGCAGCGGGUGACGCAGCCUUUUAGAACGAGAGUGGUACCAGAACCUGAAAGUAGGACAGCACGUGGACUGAGAAGCUUAGCAGCACUUACAGGGGCUGCCCUGCUGGUCUGCCUUUUCUUCUACCAGCAUGGAUCGGUCUCGUUCUCCUGGCCUUUCUCAUUCAUCCACUAGAUGUAGUGAAAUAACAUAGCUGAAGUGUUAAAAAUAAUAAAAAUGCAAUUUUUUAAAAUGUUUUUUAUCUUAGAAUAUUAUAUUAUUUUUCAUUUAAUGGAUGGCAGAAUUGUGUAAACAUAUUGUACAAGCUGGUUUGUUCUAUAAAUGGAGCCGUUUACUCUUUAAAAUCCUGCAUUCUUAUUAUUAAAAACAUGAUUUUACACCUGAA